AUGGAGGGGGCCAUGCAGCGUGCCAAGCGCCGGACAAAGUGGAUGCAAGCCAUAGUGCUUUGCACCCUUGGCUGCUGGCUCUUGGGGUUCUCGACUUCGCGUCUUGACUGGCCAGGACUUGUCCGGCCUUUUUCUGAUGAUGGCCUCGUGGCCAACAGCCUCCGCAAGUUUGUUCACCUCGUUCCUGGAGCUGACGAGGACGCCGAUCGACACCUGCCACCGUCUCCAGAGAAGGUGUGGUCCUACCAGUUGCGAUCUGCCCUCGGCAACGCUUUCACAAACGCUUUCGGCUUCCAGGGCGAGGCGCUUCUCCUGGGCAUCUUUGCCUCGCUGGUUCUCUUGCGAGGGGGGUUCCUCCUCGCCGAGAGCACCAAGACCUGCCAGGUUGCCUGCUGGUUCGCCAUCGGGGCAGCGAUUAGUCUCUGUUGGGUGCUGCAUCCCGCAACUGCACCCUCUCUUGGUCUCGGGCACGUCCGAGUCCAGAAAUCGAUUCAGUUUGCAGCCGCCAUUGCCUGCCAGGGUGGCACCUUUUUCGCACUCUUCCCUGAAGCUGCGGCAUACAUCCUGGGCGCGUUAGCAAGCAUCAUGGCCCAGCAUAUCGUGCAGCUGACUGUUGCCCUGCAUGUGCCCAAUGAGGCACACCCAGGAAGUGGCUCAAGCCAUAUUGACACCUGUUGGUGGCAGUUGUCUGCGGGUCUGCUAGGCGGUUGCCUGUGCCUUCGCUUCCGGAAGCCUGCACUGCAUCUCCUGGCAUCCUUAGCAGGCAGCGCCGGGCUGGCUCUCGUCGCUCACUGGUGGCUGUGCUUAAUAUGGACGCUACUUCAGGGCCCGGCGGAUGCCAAGUACGAGACGCCCAUUGAGCACAUGGGCCGUAUUCUCUCGCAUGAUCCACGGGCAGCGUGCUCCACCAUAUCUCGGUGGAUUUUCACUAUCCUUUGGUUUUUCUGUUUAGUGGCUGGUGUGCGCCUCCAGCGUGAGUUUGAGCUGAGCAAAGAGGAGCAGCUCUCUCAGUGGUAUCAGGAUCAGAUUCGCAAGGCCCCGGCCGACAGCAACUUCGUUCCGCGAUGGCCGGAGCAAACUUGCACACCUUCCCCUGACAUUGUCAAGAAGUUCCAGCAGGCAGAUGCAGCCCCAGCCGCCCCAUCGCUUGAGUCCAUGGAGGAGGGGCAGGCGGGGCAGCCCGGGCAGCUGCCUGCCCGUUCGUUCAGUGCGCCAUCAAACAGUGCCGUGGCACCUCCUCGCGAGGAGCAUGACAUCUACGUGCCAGAGGGUAUGGAACCUCCCGUGCUUCAUCGUGCUAGGACGACUCUCCCCGUCCUGCAGCCGGUGCACGAAUCCAAGCCUCUACCGCAGCCCAAGGCAACAGACAGGUUGCCUCUGCAGAAGGUUCCAGCAUCCUCACCAGUCUCGCCCAGCCAGCGCUCAUCGCCCUCCGGAGCAGCCUCUGGUCCCUCGGAUCGGUCUCUUCGACGCUUAUCCUUUGGCAGCCGAGGAGACCGAAACGGUCGUUCCAUCAGCGCAUCUUCGUUAUCUUCCGUCGAAGCGGCUGCGAUCCUGGGAUUGCCGCCAAGGUCUGCAUUUCGCAAGACUCCAGUUUAG